CUGUGGAUGGUGGAAUUGGUGGAUGUCAGUGUAAAGUUAAACUGCUACUCUAACUUGGACUCAAUCGGUACAAUGAACUUAACAUCGCUGGGAAAUAAAAGAGAAUCAGAAAAAUUCGCUCUAUAAACAAAAGAAAGGUCGUUGGCAACGCUGGUCUCAUGUGCAUUUUUAUUAGUAAGUGUCGCGACGGUAAAUUAGUGUUUUAGUGUUUAGUUGGGAUAAUAUAUGGAUUAGAUUGAUGCAGAUCAAAAUGGCCUACAGAAAGCUACACAAAAAAUCAACUUGGCAAAAUGGGAGCUUCAGAAUCUAGUAGUACAGCUGAAGGAAAAGAAGUGAGAUCAAUUCAGGAGUCAUCGAGAUUAAAAACUGUGACAAUGGAUGUUCCGAAAGAGUCAAACGAUGGAACGGUCACUGAGAACGCCAUUCAGAAAGAAGAAAUUGUUAGUCUGAACGACGAAGAAGAUUCCAUUACGGAAAGUUUGCCAGCCACUGAAGAACUUACAGGGGAGCCGCAAGAUCGGUCAGACGGCUCUGAUUCUGGUCUAGGAUCAGAAAUAGCUGAAGAACGGGCAGAUGUUCCUCAAGCCACUACGUUUGGGGAAAGCGACAGCGACACUUCAUUUGAUCGCAUAAAUAAAGCGUCAUCAUCAAAUCAUGGCGGAGAGGACGAAACCAGUCCGCCAGUCCAUCCACUGGAGAUAAACCUUGAUAAAAAACCGACAAAAAGCAGUCUUAAACGGAAAAUAUCCACGGACGACGAAGGAACUCCUGCCAAAGUGAAGAAAAAACGAGGAAUCAGUUUCGAUAGUGUUACCGUAUUUUAUUUUCCACGAACUCAAGGCUUUACUUGCGUUCCGUCUCAAGGAGGAUCUACAUUGGGAAUGAGCUCGCACCAUUCCCAAGUCAGAAAGUUUUCUCUAUUGGAGCAUGCAAACGAACAACGCAGGAUACAUCGACAACUUCUUCAACAACUAAAAUCUGAACGAAAUGUGUCCGGUGCCCCCGCUGCUUCAUCCAGCGAAGAAAGUGAUAGUGAAGCUGAAAUAAGUGAUACGUCAGAAUCUGAAAUGGACUUGGAUAACUUUUACUUUCUUCAACCCGUACCAGCUCGACAAAGAAGAAUUCUUCUGAGAGCAGCAGGUGUAAGAAAGAUAGAUUCGCUCGAAAAGGAUGAAUGUAGAACGAUUCGUUCUUCUCGCGAAUUCUGUGGCUGUGGAUGUAAAGGUUACUGUGAUCCGGAUACUUGUUCGUGUAGUCAAGCCGGCAUUAAAUGCCAGGUUGAUCGAUUGAAUUUCCCAUGUGGUUGUACGAGAGAUAAUUGUGGAAACUCGACCGGUCGAAUUGAGUUCAAUCCCGUGAGGGUGCGAACUCACUUUAUCCAUACUCUGAUGAGACUAGAACUUGAGAAAAAAGAUGAAGAAGACAUGCGAGGAAAGAAAGAGCUCACGUGGAUUGCCAACGAACGACUCAUGUCCCACUAUCAUAAAGAAGGCCAUCAGUCGCAACAGCAAUAUAAACUAGAUGUAAAUAAAUGUAGCGGUAGUUUACUCAGAGACAUAAGCUUAGGUGCCCACAUAGAAGUAGAAAAUUGUGUACAUAAUGGCAGCUUUACUAAUCUGCAUUACGGUGCUCCAGGUGAGGGGCCUGGAUCCUUUUGGUACAGCCCUUCAGCAUCCCUUUCCGAACUUCCAGCACGCGAAGAUUCAUUAGAUCUGUACACUUUCCGAGAAAAUUGGUAUGGCGAAUCAAAUGGGGCCGACAAGAACGAAAGACACCACCAACAACAGCAAUAUGCACCCCACACGGCGUCGAUGUCUUCGAGCAGCAGCAGCGGCCACCAGGGUUUUCCAAUCGACCCCCGUUUUGCCGAGCAGGCGCACGGACCCUCUCAGCACGGCCCGCUUGUCAGCGCCGCCCUGCCCACGAUUCCCUUCGCCCCCGGCACGUCCACCAGCACCCCCCCGAUCAAUCAGUACGCGCAGAUGCACCCUGCCGGUUUCAGCGAAAUUACGGGGGUUGAAUUUUUCAACCCCUACCCGACCAACUAUGCUGAAAGCUUCCAACAAGCUCCACCGUCAUCUUUCAAUCAGUUCUCCAACGAAAAUUAUCAUCCAUCACCAGAAUCAAAAGAGAACCAAUACACCGACUUGCAUACAGUGGGGGCCAACUCUAGAUUAGAAUCGAUUUGCGAUCAUCUGCUGUUAAAUAAUCGUUACAACUAUGCUGGUUACGAGGAAUCAAAUAGUUUCACUGCGCUGAGUACUGACGAAGCCACUCAGGACUGCACUGAGACACCGGAAUCACAUCCGACAGAUGCUGAGAAUACUACCACCAGCAGCGUAGACAAAUCGAAGGAAUCCGAUGAGAAUUUCGGCGAAAUUAUUAUGAAGUCAAUGGUGGAAACCGUGUCAGCAUAAAAAAUAUUCUAAAUAUGCUAUUAUAAAGUUUUAUGAUUACGUUUAAUACAUAAAAUACGUAUUAAUAAGGAAAUGUAUAUGGUUUAUAUACAAAAGUAGCAAAAUUUGACAAAACGUUUUAAAAAUAAAUGUUGUGCGAAAUAUGUAA